CUGGCGUCUCCCGCCGGCAGACGACGCGGCAGCAGCGGCGGCUGCUCCUGCCUAGAGGGAGCCGCGGGCGCCGCGAGAGGGGCCCGGCGACCGAGGCGCGCUUCGUCGAGAUUGUAACGUGGUUGCAAACCCCCCUCCUCCCUCCCCCACUACCUUCCUGAACAUCGAUGAAAAAAAAUCUUCCUUUUCGGCGCUUUUCCCGGCAUUUUCGAUAUACGUGAGCCUUGUUUCGGUACCGUGCGGGACAUCGACGAGUGGAAUUAAAAUGUGACAGCGUCUACCGACAUGGAGCGUCUCCCGAAGCGGCUGCCGACGGACAGACCCGGUGGUGGUAAUGCCGUCUGCGGACCUGGCCAGGAAUGGCGCUUUUUUUGUGCAUCGCGAGUGGUUUCUCUUCGAGCGCUACGAAUGAUUAAAAGCGAGGAGGUGAUUAGGCCUACCGCUUCGGCUCGCCAACUCAUCUGUCAGCGUGCGAAGUCUCCGACCGUCUCCAUGGUGAAAAAACGGUGCCGAAACGAGAGGUGAACGGCGGCGGUUCCAACGCGAGCUCGUGUCCGCAGCAGGAGAGGAGCAAGAGACGCUUGUUGUCUUGAUUUUUUUUUUUAAACUCGCCUCGAAAAGAAACCGACCCCGGCCCUGCUCAGCACCGCCGCUGGCUGCCACCGUCGGAUUGACGCUGUCGAUCUACGAACAGCCUGAGGAGCCGGAAGAAGAAGCAGCAGCAGCAGCACAGCGGCGGAAUCGAAUCGCCUUCUUCUCCGGCGGCGGCCGCUGUCCACCGCCGAUGGGGAGCCAUGGGGAAAGGGGGAAGCCGGGCGGCUGACGCGCGCUUCUUGGACAGCAGCCCUCUUCUGGCGCCGGCCAAUUGCCGGCGCCAUCCCGGCUGAACCCUGGAGCUUCCCCUGGAGCGGCGCAUGUCGCUGAGCAGCGGCGGCGGGGGCCAGCCGCCGUCGGGCGUAGGUGGCGGCGGCGGCGACUGCUACGGGGCCCCACCGACGAGCAGCGGUGGCGGCCCGGGGGCCCCCAUGCAGAACGGCGCCUACUCGUGGGUCGGGCCGCCGGCGGCGCUCAGCCAGAAGAGCUGGCCGCCGGGCUACCAGGCCAGCCUGACCAACCUGUUCCUGAAGAAGAACCCGCUCCACUUCGGCACGGGCAUCUCACAGCUGGCGGCCGCGUCCUCCUACCUGGAGAAGAUGUCCUCGCUGGGCGCCGCCGAACACCACCACAAGUGCCCGCACCCGGACGCCAAGGACAAGCCGUACCCGUGCGACCUGUGCCACAAGUACCUGACCAUCUGCAACACGCUGCGCGACCAGCAGCAGCCGCGGCCGUCGCACGGGGGCGGACCGGGGGGCGCGCCGCCGCCGGGAGUGGGAGGGGGAGGUGGGCCGCCCCCCCUCGGUGCCGCCUCGGCACUGGGCGCCGAGCGCAAGGGCGGGGGACCGCUGCUGGGCUCCUCGGCCUCGGCGCAGCAGCCACCGCCAGGACAACAGCAGCAGCAGCAACAGCAGCAGCAACAGGGCGCGGCGGCGCUGACGCCGGCGUCACUUCUGGAGCGCACCAACGGCCACGGCCACCACCACCACCAUGGAGCGCACCACGGGGCCGCUGCUGCAGCGGGGGGCCACGGCGGUGCGCCCAGGCCGCGCCCACCGCCCACCAAGCAGUUCCUGUGCCCGGUGUGCCACAAGUACUUCACCCAGAAGGGCAACCUCAAGACGCACAUGAUGAUUCACACGGGCGAGAAGCCCUACUCUUGCCAGGUGUGCGGCAAGAGCUUCACGCAGAAGGGCAACGUGGACACGCACAUGAAGAUCCAUACGGGCGAGAAGGACUUUGGCUGCGAGGCGUGCGGGAAACGCUUUACCCAGAAAGGAAACCUGAAAACCCACGUGCGGAGCGUGCACACGAAGGAGAAGCCCUUCGCGUGCGGCGUCUGCGGCAAGUGCUUCUCGCAGAAGGGCAACAUGCAGACGCACAUGCGCACGCACAACAAGGAGGACCGUUUUCCGUGUACUCUCUGCGGCAAAACGUUCUCCCAGAAGGGGAACCUCAAGACGCACAUGCAGCGUCACACGGGACAGCUGCCGCCCCGCCGCUACGGCUCGCGGGGCUCGCGCGCCACCCAGGCUGUCACCGGGGGUCUCCUUCACCGGCCUCACUUGGCCGCCGCCGCCGCAGCCUUUGCCUCACUCGCCUCCACGUCUGCCCAGCAGCAACAACCGGGCUCCUCAUCGUCGCCCAAGCCGCACACCGGAGGAGACAAGUCGCCCGCGCGGGGCAGCGGUCCACCGACGCCGCUCAGCCCCGACCUGCGCCGCGGGCCUUCCGAAGACACGUCGCCCGGCCCUCCCGGCGGGCCCGAUCCGCCGCGGCCUUUCUACUCGGCGCCGCCGACGCCGGCGCCUCCGCCGCCGCACUCGCCACGCUGGUUGGUGCACCCGCGCCACUACGACGGCGGGUUCCAGGCGCCUCCUUACCCGUCGUCGUUGCACCAUCCUCCGCUGGCAUCGCGGCUUGCCCUUCUCGGCGCCGGCUCACCGCAGCACCAGCCGCAUAGCGGCGCCGCGUCACCCGAUGACAAGGCGCCGUCUCAGCAUCUGGGCUCCGCCGGGAACCCUAGCGGGGGUGACUCGUUCCACUCGCCGGCCAACCCGGACUUCUCGCAGCUGCUCGAGUGAGAAGCCGGGUCGUGACCAGGACACACAAGAAGCCUGCGCUGCGUUCGACCUCCGAACCCUUCUUCAUCCCCCGAGGAGGGAGUUCGCGGCCAGCCCUGCUCAACAACAAUCGCCACACCUUUCCCCUGCCCACACUCCUCUUCGGACCAGGGUUUCUCUCUUCUUUGGCCCUCCUGCUGUGGCCAUCCCUUGGCACCCUGCCCACCACCACCACCACUACAACAACUGUACAUACUGCUGCAGUGUGCCCUCCUCUCUCACUUCUUUGUACCUGUCUUCUUUUUUUUUGUUCCUCGUCUCCUUCCUCAGUUAUUUGCCUUGUCCUCGGGUUAUCCACAAAGUUCUCUCUUAUGUGCGUGUGUGUGCGCAGCGGUCUGUCCGUUGCCACAUCUACAACGUCAUACCGUGUACUCCCAUUUUUCCUACCCAACCCGACUCAACCAUCAACAUGCUCACUAAAUGGUGCGAGGGUCUCAAUUACUUUAAAGGACAUCCUCGAGAUAAAUCGAGAGGAGAGCAUGCCCGGCCUGUCCCAAUUUUUUAUGGGUCUCACACUGCAGGCUUAGAGCUUCUUCGCACAAAUGCUUAGAGGUGAAACAUUUCUAGAACCACACAGUGGGGGCAAUCACUUCUUUGGCUGCGGUUGUUGGAUGCCUGGCCUUUCAAUCAUUGAAUCAUUCAUUACUAGCGUUGAUUUCGUAAAACACUUGCCAAAUUAAUUAGCCUCCUUUUGUUUUUCGCCGCACAAGCGCCGACCUUACCGUGACAUAAAAUGGGGUGCUCUGUCUUGUCUCUCUGUCCAACACAACCGAGUUGCGAGCCGCGAGGUGUUGUGUGUGUGUGGGCAGAACAAACAAACAAAAAAAAAGGUGUCUGUGAUAGUCUUUUUCUUCUCUCUACUGUCACAACAUUGCCCACCCUUCUACACUCAUGCCUAUAUUUUUCAAAAGGUGCCAGGGUACACUCAACCUUGUUAGCCUCUCCCCCGUCUUUCAUUUUACUAUCACGACCAUCCAUCCAUUGAAGUCGGGACUCGUGUGUGGCAAAACGGUACAACCUUUAGCAGCUGGUGGCUUCCAGGAGUGCGAGCAUUUGUGUACACGGGCAGUGCACGUAUUUGUCUAAUGGUGCUUUGCGUCGGUGUACUUGUGCACAGGGACCCUGCGCAUGAAGCCGCCGCUUGUGUUUUUUUUUUAAUUCGUAGAACAUGAUAGUGGAUGAACUGUAGGCGUGUUCCAGCGAGGACACACGUGGAAAGUUCUUAGGCGUUGGGUCACUUGGGAAACAUGCCGCAGAAUGUGCUAUGUGUGUUCCAAAUACUAGAACAUGCACAUGGUGGAGCCAUUGCUAUGUUCUGAGCAUUUGAAGGAGAACUGUAGGCACCUCGUUUGCCUACCGGCUCAGGCAGCCGACUGCUAGGAGCUGAUCUAGAACUGGCACUAUGUGCUCUUUAUUGAAUACGCUGUGCUCUCGAGAUUAUUACACAUUGGCAGAAAACGAGCAGUGGACAUUCCAAUCUUUAUUAGAAUUGAUUUACUAAUAUAAAUAUUCGAGCAUACACUGCAGGAGAUGUGCGUACAUAGAAGGAACGACAUCCCAUAUUCCAGAAAAUAUAACAUUGUUAUUGCGUCCCGUAAGACUUUGGUGGUUUAGUAUCGGGAGGUACGUUGCUCUUCGCAACACUGCCAAAGGCACCAUUUGCCACACACGACUGGCUUUUGUCUUCAAUUUAACUUCCUCUGUUCUGGAGCACGUGCUCAGUCUGUGCCGCUGUCGUCUUGUCGUCACUUUGCUGUCUGCACUGACGCUGUCACAAUAACUUCAAAGCCGCAGCACUCUUUGUUAGCUACGUGCACCUGCCCCCUGUCACCUUAUCACUUUAUUCUUGCAUGCUAAGUGUGUGCCCCCACCCUUCUCUACUGUGUCGUAGUCUGUCGAGUCACUUUUGGGCCUUUCGUUCGCUUCACUUGGUCCAUUCGUCCCCGCCAAUUCACUCUGCACCUCGGUUCACUUUGUGCCUCGGUUCUCAGAGUAUUGCUUGCCAUUUUCUCUCCUUAGUUAUCUCCCUUGUACACUCGAGAUUUGCCUCUUUCUUUCCUUAUUAUUCGCUUUCAUUUUUUCUUUAUUUCCCGUCAUUUUUCUGGUCUCCAGAUGCUCUCUAUAUGGUGCUCUCUCACACUUUCUGUCAUUGUGUCCCGCAUACGUACUUUUGGAUCUCACAAGUCAUGGCACAGACUAUAUUUUUUCCCCUCUGUCCUUCAUAGCUUGCUUCUCUCGGCUUGUCGCUUUCUGUUUUCUGCCGGUGUUUUACAGCGGUGGCUUUCUUUAUAAAUUCCACCCCCUGCUGUUUUAUGUACAUACAGGUUUCUUUCGUCGCGGUUGUCGCUUCGCGACACCAAUAUGGCUUGCUAUUACUUUUCCUUUCUAAAAAUUUUCAUUUUGCGCAUCAUUCCUUUCAAUUCUCACAUGGUGUAACGAAAAAGUUACUGCCGUGUUUUGACCACGUCUCCCGUCGUAGCUGAAUUCAAUGUCCCGUACAUGUCACUGUCGGUGUGCGUAUCGGAAAAAAAAAAGAGAAACAAGAAGUGGCGAAGAUCAAAAGAAAAAAAAAAAUAGUAUCGUAAGAUAUAUACAUACAUAUAUAUUAUAUAUAUUUACAUAUAGAUUACAUCUCAUUGUUUUACGUGGCCCAUUGUCAGUCUUCUCAUCCGUAUCACAGUGCACUUAGUAUCCUUGUUUUUUUCUUUCUUUCUUUCUUUUCUGCUUUUUUUAAAAUCCCUACCUUAUUCUUUGUAGGAGACAAUUCUCAAGAGAUUUAGUCAUUCUAACAGCGGUUUGUUUUUUUUUGAGUAAAUACAAGUCUCAGAUCUCUCGCGUGGCUUACUUGUGGCAAUGAAAUCGGGCCCACUCCAUGGCUAGGUUAUAGUGCAUUGUCCUGCUUUCACUCUUUCUUCUGUAUAGUUUUUUCGCGCCUUUUCAGGUGUGAAUCCGAACCAACUCUCCCAACUUUCCGUUGCGUUGUAAAGAAGUCGGGCUCGUUACUUUGUUGAAAUCUUCAAUUCUUCACUUUUCGUUGGUGAGCUAAGGGUAACAUCUAAAACCUAGAUAUUUGGUGGUGUUUUUCUGUUUGUUUCUUUUUCUUCGCAGUAUCUAGCCCAGGCGCAAAGACAGAGCUAGUGAAAUAGCGUGUGGAAGUUUGAGUAAGCACAAUAGCGUAGUCUUUUAACAUAGUUUUUCGCUAGAGACAUCAUGAUCGCCCAGACGUAGCCAUUGGCUGCGAAUAGCAUUACUUCCCGAUCUGUGCUACACGCAAAGGUUGUCGAGCAUCGCUCACCUCAUCAGCAUUGUCUCCUACAUGGUUCUUUUUUUUUUAUUCUGUCUUUACAACAGCUUUUCCUUCGACAUUCAUAUUAAGUUUCCUUGGCCUUCUCUACACCAUCUCUUCUAAUGUUUAUUUCGCUUUUAAAUUUGGUUUCCAUUCACUUCUCUAUGUGAGUGCUUACUGAUGUCGUCAUCACGCGAGAAACUCGUUCCACGUAAUCACAGCUGUCCGUGCAAUAUGGGAAAUGCGUAAUUCUGUCACGUGCUAUCCUCCCCCCUAAAUAAUCCAGCGGCACUUCUUUGGACUGUGAGUGGUCCCGGUGUGCUAGGACAUAAGUUGAACGACCUGCACGAUUCUGACUUGUUGUACGAAACGAAAUUGACUCGCGGGGGAGAUUUGCGAAAUUUGUUGGAGAUCGAGUGUAAACAGUUGGGAGGAAGCAUUCACAAAACGCAGAUGGGAGGUAAAAGUUUGUACCCGGCAACCAGCGCUGUUACACCUCGAAGAACCUCGGAAUGGCGAAAUGCGAAAUUAGUUUUCCUUCAUAGAGCAUAAUUUUGCGACUCGAUUUGGCAUAUCUUUCGUACAAAAAGCAAAACAUAUUGCAGGACAGAAUGCAAGCAAGAUUUCACAUUUCGAAUUUGCCACCUGAGCUGCAGUGCUGACAUCACUGCGAUGUCGCUUGUUUUAACAUAUUUUCACACAAAUGCAGCUUACGUGCUAAAAUAAAGCUUGAAAAAUGCUUCCAGGUUGAAUUGUUGCUUGCUUUCAUAGGCUGCGUGAUCCUCUUAAUUGAUUCAUCGGGAGCAAAAGAUGCCUGCAGAAUUCACGAGGAAGCUUAUACACUGAUUUCAAUGCGGUGUCGCCAUCCAUGUGUCUUUCCAACGCUUGCCACAGCUUUGCUCAUAUUGAUACUAGACUAUUUAGUAUUCUAGAAAUGUAGCAAUGAAGCCAGCUUAAUGUAAGAAUUGAUGUCCAUUUGAACAAGAUUAGUUAUUAACACAAGGAAAUCCUUCAUGUGCUGCUAGGGCAAACAAAAAAUAAAUCGCAUUACUUUUCAUUCACAUUCACCUCAUUCAGCAGCGGACAUUUCUUCAAAGGCAUUUACUAUGAAAGACAAAAAAUUAGAAUUUUUAGUGAUGGAGAAGUCUGCCCUUUGCUUCUUCAUAUUAAUAGUGAGUCACAGACUUUAAUGCGAGCACCGACUCUUGCUGCUCUGCUGCUAUGUUUGUGCAUAAAGAGCUAAUCAUUCAAAGAGCUUCUGUACUGGAAGCCUCGCAAAUGUACUUUAAAGGUGUGCUAUCAAGAUGUACAGUAUGUAAAACCCAGACCAAUGUGCACCAUUUAGGCCUGCACUACCGUAGUAUGAAUCAUUGCCAUGGCACCACUGUGCUUCCAAAUGUUCUCGUACGUAUACAGGUGUAUAAUCAUUCACUUGGCGUAUACACUCUCGGUCGUUUGAUUUAGGAGUUACACGGAGAUUGAGCUAGUGCUUUCAUCACUCUCUAUGAUAAACAUUUCUGUACAACUGAAAUUUAACGCUUUAACCACCAAGUUUCUUUUGUGAAACGCUGCAGUAUAUCGUUCCUUGUUAUUUAUACUACCAGAUGAUUGCAUGUUACAUCUGAAUUCAAUAUCACAUAUGUUACUUAUCUUUCAUAUUGGCCCAAAAUAUUUAUAAAAGACUCUGCUCCGGAAAGUGUUCCCCUCUGCGUGCAUAUAAAAUUCAAACGUAAUUAACUGAGCAGACGAUAAUGAAAGGAAUCAAAAGCACCAAGGAACAUUUUUCAGGCAGCAAAACUCAAAUGCACGACGCAAACUGUUUUGGACUCCGGCAGGCAAAGUUUAAGCUUGCAGCUUGAACAAAUAUGGCUCAUCUUUGGCAACAUUGGUACAUAGUUAGGACUUCUACAGCUCGGUCUUGGCGUUUGAAGGGUCAAACACUUUACCCACACUAAAAGCCCACUUUAAAAGAGGAAUGCUUGCCAUAUUAUGCAUUUAUUUGACUUCGGAUAUGAGUUAGUCAUUGUUGAACGUAUACAGUGCAAGUGACAGUUGGAAGCUUCAUUGCAACAUUUCAUAUCUACUGGUACAUUCUUAUAGGGCCACAUUUCUUAGUAUGCCAGGUUGGUUGCUCAUUGGUUACUCACACUCGCAACCACUUGCCCAGUAUAUAGCGAAAGGUGUAACAGCGCUGUCCGCCGAAAAAUAGCCGGAGAGAUUUGCUCCAAGACUUCAUUCCCCCUGAAACGAAACCGGUGAGACUUCAAAAUGCAUAAUGAGCCACGUAGUGAGAUCACCGUUUGCAGUACAUCAGUUUUUCAUGGCAGGUCUGCCAUAACGCAUGGAACAACAGCUGACUUUGACUUGUGUGGACUUUUCUCCGAGACCAUUGCGGCACAUUAUGAACACGCGUCACGUGGUUUGUGUAGUCGUGCGUGCUCCCGUGAUGUUUUGUCUGUGUGUGAUGCGGAGGGGAGGAGGAGACGUCUUUUGACGAUGACGAUGAUGAUGAAAUGGUUUAGUUGUGCUAUUCCGCCGGGCGCGCGGUGGCUUAGCACAGCAAAGCUGUCAUCUUCUCAAUAUCUUCCUUCCCUUCCGUGUCUUCAGUGUACCGUAUGUUUUUUCCCCCUUUCGACGAUUCCCGAUUGUCGGCUGAGGCUACGUGAGAGAAGCAGUACAAAGUUUGAGGGAACAGUCUUGGCACUGUUCUGAAAGUUGUUUUCGUUUGUUUCCGCAAUCGCUCCUCUUCAUGUGCGCACUACGGAAGCACGUAGCACGUGGAACUCUCCAGCUGGGCUGCGACGGAGAAAAAAAAUUGUAACGCAAACUACGCUCACAGAAGACCGUGAGCCGAGGAUGCAAAGUGUAGAAAACACGCACGAGCUUAUACUGAUGUGUGUCCUCUCGGUUAAUUUCAAGCGAAGUCGUCUACUGCGCUGCCUGUCGGAUGAUCCAGUCGCGCCUCACAGCUGCCCGCAGCUGCGUCAGCUCCCGGAGAUAAAAACGUGCACGUUGCUCACCGAGUGUGCGCAUGAAAGCAACUUUCAACCUAUAGAUGGAAAUAUAUAUAUUUUUUUUUUUGCUCACUCUCUCUCUCUUGAAAUGAGUGUUUUUGUUGUGAAGGGACGAACUUUCAAUGGGUCUGCGCGUUACGGUCGGUGCAUCGCAGAGCCAUCCUCCUCGAUUGUCAUCAGCUAAUGGGUCCUCCCCGACAGGCGGCGCCCGACGUUUCACUUUUACCACCAGCGACUUCGAUUGAACACGACGUGCGAAUGUUUUCUAUGCUAGCUGCGCAGGCUCUGCGUGCCCACCAAUUUCCAGGCACAUUUUUUUUUUGUGACGCACCAUCGCAGACUCAUUGAAAAUUCUAUCCUGUCUUGUCCCGUGCUGUUUAUCCCUACUGCACUGUUCUUAUUCUCUUGUGUAACUGAGCACUUUCCUUUUUCCUUCUUGGAAAUAUUGUCACGGUGCUCUUUUUUUUUUGUAAUCUUUUCAUUUUGCUCGCUCGUUGGUGUACGUGCAGCAUUGUGCUGCACUCAUAACGUCGCACGAUUCCUCCCCUUUAUUUUCUCUCGUGUGACUCGAUGAAGCGGCAGAAGGUGAUGUUGCAAUUAUUUUGCUUGUGGGGUCAUUCUGGUGUUUGUGCAGCAUUUUGUCAAAGGGCAUAUUGUACCGAUUAACUGGCCCGUUGCAGGGCAAUGUGGGUUUGUUUGUCGAACGGGCGGGCCAUACGUCACUGGUUUAACCGGGCAUGCUUUGCCGUCGUUUAGGCGUCCCAAGGGAGGGAGGUAGUUAGGCAGGUGGCGGAACGACACCGUCGCUGGCGUAAUUCACCUUUUUUUUUUGUUUUUUAUAAACCAGCAUUCUUUGUUUUUUAAGGAAAUGUAUUCCCUCCCUUUUUCCCUUUCCCGAAGUCAAGAAGAACCUGUGAGAAAAAGGAGAGGCACAAGAUUAAAAUAAGAGCUGCGCGCAGCAGGUGACCGUUGGCGAGUCAACGAAAUGCAAUACCCGCCCUAUCUUGUGAUGGGCGGCCCGCAGUCAUACGCAUGUGUUCGAGCAGUGAUGUGUGGUGUGCGCUUGCCGGUGAAGAGAGCAGCGCGCUUGGAGACAUUUUUUUUUUUUCUGUCGGACGCAAUUUCAGCUGGCUUGCGCUGCUGCUCCGUACAACGGAAGACGAUCGUCUCGACAACCUGAAGCAAGUGGACGGUGGUGUCAGUGAGUGCCGCAGUGGUGGCACGUGGGGACUCGUUUGGGCUGCCAUGUGGGGGUCGGCACGAGGUGGAACUCUCUCUUUCCCUCGUGCCAGUGACGUGCUGCCCUCGUUCGUCCAGCGAGGAGUGCGAGGGCGCUGGAUUAUUUGCAUACGUAUGCGGGACGUGGCGGUCUGGCGACUGUGCAACGCAGAUAUGGGGCGGGGAAACAUGGAAGGAGAAGAAGAGGAGCUACAAGAUUAUGUGUGUGAACUGUGAGUUCGCGCUGCCACAAAGCAUUGUGUCAAGAGUGUUCGUUCGCUGUCUUUCAUAUACAACACGUGGUUUUCUUUCUUCCCCCUAUUAUUACCUCUUACGUUGACACGGUUGUUGGGUGGCUGUCCUAGUAAGACUAGGCUUCCUCCAUCGGUUUCUUUACCCGCUCUCUCUCUCUUUAAAAAGACUUUUCUUGCUGUGACAGUCUUUUUUUCUCUUUCUGAAGGUGUGUCGUCCGUCAAGAAAUGUGUGUGUCAUGGGGACUGCUGCAUUAGCAGCGCACGUUGCCCGUUUGUCCGGCCCGGUGGUCUUCUCAAAGAAGGAAAACGAAACAAAAAACGAUAAAGUGUACUGUCAGUAGUUGUUCUCGUAGAAGCCGUCGUCGUCUGCGGAGUAAUAAUGUUGCGCAGUCGCCACCGAGUUGGAUAUCGGUUCGUUCUUCCGCACCCUUUUUUCGUUCUUCUCGAGGAAGAAACGUUGAGGACGGGAAAAAGAAACCCCUUGCACUAAUUGUCACUGUAGUGCCUACUGGCUUCCCCUAGAGCAGAUUCUGCUUCGUUUCCAGUUAACGAGUUGCUGGGGGUAACGGACGUGUUUGUUGGUUUCUUUCUUUAAGGGACACUAAAGUGAAACAAUGAAUCAGUUUAGAUCGAUAAAUUGCACUCUGGGAACGCUAAUGUCAUUAAUUCCGUAUUAUAGGCUUAUUAAUAGCAGAAAAUAUCAAUUUGUUUUUAAAUUCCGCACCGAAAUCUCCACGCGUGACAUCACGGGUUUCAAAGUGUAUGUUCCGUAUUUAUUUGACAUUGACUCAACGAAAUUUCCCGAAACUUGGUAUGUAAAUCUGUGGCGCCCUCAGAGAACAAUGUACUUCGUUUUUUAGAAACUAUGUAGGACCUAGUGGAUGCCAUCAAAACCUAUGACGUCAUGACGUUUGGUGCGGGAAUUGCAAGGUGGCUUCGCCACCCACAUUUUCUUUUUGCAUGUUUUCUCACUUCAUAAGCGCCUUCUCAUGGCAUUGUAAUUGUGAAAGAGUAAUUUACUAAUAUAAGAAAAAUCGUUUUUCUCUUUAGUGUCCCUUUUACACUGCCGGCUUUUUUUUUUUUUUUUGUUAUUCACCAGCAUUGGAGACGUAUGGAUACUCAAGUCGUUUGACUUUCUCGGAGCAUUUAGUAGAAUUACAACUGAUCUUCGCUUUGACUGUGCUCAGUCGUACGCGAGCUCGUAGCUUACUUUUAUCGAAAUUAUCUCGAUUUGUUUCCCUUCCUUUUCAUUUUUCCGUGUCCCCCUCCUCCUUUUGCAGGCUUUUUGUGUCUCUCUAUGUUUUUCUUUUUGCACGUGCUUUCUUGUUCUGGUUUUCCACCAUGUGAUGCGCAGUGACGACACUAAAGAAACUUUUUCUUCUUUUAUCCUAAGUUUGAAACGUUUUAAAGAAAGAGUAAGAGCAAAGCAACAAGGGUUGGCCCUCUGUUUUCUUCUUGGUUCGGCAGUUCCUAUCGAGCCAGAUUCUGUGAUAGCCGCAGCAGCCCUGCAGAGUGUUUCCCCCCCCCCCUCACGUUUCAGUCAGUGAUGUACAAGAUAGUAUUCGCUAAAAGCAGUGAGGUGCCGGGCCUCACUGGCCAUUGUGUUCUGUAAAAGAUAAUACAAACGAAAAGGGGCUGCUCGCGAUUCAUUCCAGCAAAGCUGCUUCCUUCCUCAAUUUCCCCUCUUCCGUAGAGAGGAAACCCCCCCCCUUAUUUUUGUCACUCACCACUCAGUCAAUUAUUGCGAGUGGUGACUGCUGGUUUGUUUUUUUUUUUUUUUUUUCUGACGUCUUUUCGGAUGACACUAUGCAGGGUAAAAGUGGUAGAAAGGUGCGUCUCGAAGGAGGAGAGACUUUGCAAUCUAGUCUUGUGACGAUGCGUUGAUUCUCCGACUGGUCCCUCGCGGAUCACCCCUCUUCUUUGUCUCCCAAACAUUUUUUUUUUUUGCUUUUUACUCCACCACAUAUUUUUUUUCUUCCCCUUGGGCAGUCACUCGCCCAUUUUUGAUCUCUUACGUUUUCGUAUUUACUUGUGGUGGCCGACUGGACAAGUCUGCAGACGACAUGAACACUGAUGCAUUUUUGUCUUGUCUGAGCCUGUUGUGCUGAGCGUGGAUAGAAUGUGUGAAAAGUGUGCUAAAAAAUACGAGUGUUUUACCGCGCAUCUAUUGUACUCGUUGCUUUGGUCAACGAUUUCUCAUUUGCUUUACUCUUUUCUCUAUAUAUUUUAACGGUAGCUCACACUGCUUAGGCAAUGGCAAAACUUUUUAUUAUUAUUUAGGUAGCUCCCACUAGCUCAUUAGCCGUCCCGACAUCGAUCAAUGUGCCAAGAAAGAAGUAAAUCAGCUAGUUAGUACUGCGAAGGGAGGCCGACCUCGUGUGGAGCUAGCUUAAACUUGCAAAAUUCUUUGCUGAAACUGUGCUUUACAUAGGCAAUUUUUUUUUUUUCGUUUGUGGGUUUAGUGAACGAAAAUCACGGAUGAACGUUUUGGCCAUAGUCACGCCAAUACUUUCAGCUGCAGCUGGUCAAAUGGAAAGUUUUUAGUAAUACCGGACGUAGUGGACACAAGGUUAGCAUACGCUGUUCACUAAACAGACAUCCCCUCCCAAGUCAAGCUGGGGCCUGGCAGUUAUACAGUGUGGCUAAGCACUGUUUUUAAGCUAUGCUAAAGUUAGCAUAUGCAAACUGCCUAUGUCCUCUGUUUCAUUGGGCUGACGUGUCGGAUAGAUGGAAAUGCAAGCGCAUAAAAAGGCAUACCUCACGUUCCUCCAAUCUGUAGUGCAUGUGGUGCGCGUUUUUACAUUCUUGUUUCUCUGUACACUCCUCACGACCGCUCAAAGAACGUUCAACCAGCUAAUCCGUGCGCUUUAAACCCACAGCUUGAAAACUCUCUUAUCAUUCCUUUCACAAAUAUAGUCCUUCUGAAUCUAUUUCUCUUUUGUUUCGCUUAGUUUUUUCCUAAACGCUCGUCUUGCUCGUGGAAUGAAUCCCACCGGAUAAAAAAAAAUGAGAGGUAUGGUUGUUUGUAAAGAUGCUUGUAUUUUUACUAGAGUGCCCUUAGGCAUGUUGGUUAGAGGCUUAGGUGACAUAUUGCAACCCUUGUCUCGCGCCGAGUGUAUGUUUAUGUAGCAGACAGUAGAUGGCGAGGAGGACGCGUAACAAAUAAAAAAAACAGCCACUUCGAGUGUAACGAGUGGAAAGUAUGCGCACGAUGCAGCAGACGGCUCAUCGUUUGAGCCUUGCAGCAUCUGCCUCCUAUGGCCCAACAGUGUGUAUGUGUGCGUGUCUGUAUGUGUGGGAAAUAUGCAAUGCUACUGUCAGAAACAAAAAAAACAAAACAGGCAGGUGUUUUCGGAUGGCCCGCCACCAAGCAAGAAGAAGACUGUGAUGAAACAAAAAAAAAAAACAACCAAGCGAAGCUGGAAAGCGAAGUUCGCACUAAAGGGAGAACGAACGUUUUCCACUUUUCUGUUUUUUGCAGAUUAAAACGAAAAAAAAAGGAGUUCUCUCUCUCUUUUUUCUCUCCCGCGGUCGCUCCUUCUCAAAAGAGGGCGACCUCUUUUUUAUGUGACACGUGCGAGCGGCCAAGCCGCGCCCCGGUUCUUCUACUUGCUUGCAACUUGUGUAUCGUGUGUCUCUCUUCUAUGCUCUCUGUAACGUGUUUGCCUCUCUUCUCGACUUAUUGAGCGCGGCUCUGACAUUUGCAUUCUAUCUUUCUCUGCCAACUUGCAUAUCGCUUUCUUUUUGAGAACGCUCCGUUUUUUUGUUGUUGUGACGACAGAGUCUGUUUGUGUGUGACCAUGUAUGACAAGAGGAGCAGUGUUUUCAAAGUAACGGUGCGUGCAAAAGAAACCCGUGACCCCGGUGCGUUGGUACUUGUCGAUGUGUGAUCGAAUCUCGUCAUGUCUCGAACCCCUCCUUAUUUUUGGUGCCCUUUGUUUACACAGCAGUGGAGGAGUGUUAUUUGGAGAAGAGAGAAAAAAAAAAGAGGAUGCGAGAAUGUGUGAAGCGAGAACAGGAAUUUCAUUUUGCUGUCCCUUCUGCCUGGAAAUGUACUUUCAUUGCACCUCUCUGAACUACCAGUGUCUUUGGUUCUUGCCCACAUUAUGCGACCUUACUCCUGCUAUGCCGUGGUCUGGGAACUCGAAGGGGAAAAGGAUCUCUUGCUCACAGUCAUCUAUUGUAGAAGUACCUGCACUUGCAUAUGGUGCACGGUCUUGGAUGUGACACUGAAACCUUUCAACGAAUUGGGUUUUGUGAGACCAGAACUGCAUUUCCUCCCAGUGUGCUAUCACCGCAUCAAAUUUGCUCCCUCCACCAUUGCACAGAAGUGCUUCGCACCAAUUUAAUGUCACUUCAAAGAAGUUAUUGGCUAUAUUCUUGCCUCAACGUUGUUUGCUUUUCUCAGCUUGCAUUAAGCACCACUGGAUACAUUUGACAACAGCUAAAGAGAUCGUGUAAUGUUUUAGACUUGAUGACAGCGUUAGUAGCUAAACGUUGCACAUACAGUGGUAAAUGUGAGCACUGAUUUUUACAUUGAAUAAUUUUCAAGCACCCAAGUGCACCCACAAAAAUCACUGACCCCGCUGAUAUAAUGGGUUUAUGUGUCGAAGGCUUGCAAGUUCUGAGCCAGUCUCCAAGCUCACCGUUUUGCAUCCUCCGUUGUUUUCAGACUGUUUAUGUUGCUGCUAUUUCUUUCACAGCUGUAACACUUUUAAAUAAGUGCUCGUUUGCACAGGAGACUCAGGAUUAUCAACUGCGGUGAGGUGUUCAUGCGAGGCUGCUCGAUGGUUUUGAGAGACACCGCGUAGUCGUUGCUACCCUCGGUUCCCCAGACCACGACAUUCGCAGAGGUUGGGGGGAUAGCCCUGCUUGCUUUGCUGGGCAUGCGCCUGUCUUCACGACAGUUGCACGCACGCACACUAUUGCCGCAAUGUCUACCAGUGGUGGACUCUGAGAUGAAGUUGUGAAGUGCGUCAUAUCUUGCGUGCUCUGUUUGAAGCUGCUGCCCGGUGCGGUAUCGGUGAUGACAUGCUUUGGUUUGGCUGCCGCGCUCCCACAAACCGCCGAAGACCUGGCUGCUCGCCCACCCCUGCCCCGGUCGUGUCAUGUCACGGUCGAGGUGGGACUGUGGUCAGGCGAGCAGUCCGUGCCGCUGCCCUCCAUCUCUACACUUCUGUCGUUUGUGUGCUUUGAUGUUGCCGCUUGAUAACUUUCUGCCCCCCCACGCGACUCUUUGGCUGUUCUCAUAGUCUCCCCAUCCCUGUUCCUUCGGCGGAAAAAAAAAAUGAACUCAUUUCGAAUAAACUUUUUUUUUUAGUUGAAGUCUGGAA